AACACAAGGGUACCAGCUCCUCUCACUGCAGCCUCCUCCAGUCGCUGCUGCGCGUCACUAAACCUGAGCAACGUAAAGACCAAGAGAGAUGCACACCCAAUGACCAAAAAGGGAUUUUAAUCGUGGAGACAAGAAAAGGAGGACCGGUGAGGAGGACAAGCUGCGACAGAGCGGUCUACAGACUCAGAGCUGCCUGUAACGGUAGUGGGGGUUGGCCAUGGUCGGACGGGGGCUGUGGAUAUGUAAGCCCCGGUUUGGAAAGCGGGGCAGGUUUGGUGUUUUGCCUUAUCUGUGCGCGGCGAUAGCGAGCUUAGCCUUACUGGCUCUGCUCUUUGUGGACUGCAUCGAAUCAUGGGUCACCUCCAUGAACAUGAACACGUUGGUGGAGCCGCACGCAGCCAUCAUCCCCCCGCAGAGCGUCCCCCCCACCCGGCCCGAGGAGUUUCUGCUCAUGCCCAGCCCGUUAAUGUGCCAGCGUGCCAAGCCUUACCUCAUCACCAUGGUUACCUCGUCUCCUGCCAACCAGAGGGCCCGCCAGGCCAUCCGGGACACCUGGGGAGGGGAGGUGGAGGUGAGGGGCUUGCGCGUCAUGACCCUCUUCAUGGUGGGGGUAGCUUCUGACCCCGGACUGGCCAAGCUGCUGAUCGAGGAGGCCAGGGAGCGAGGAGACCUGAUUCAGGGGCGUUUUCUGGACACCUACUCCAACCUUACCCUGAAAACCCUGUCCCUGCUGGGGUGGGCCCGCAGGUUCUGCCCCCAGGCCCACUUCAUGGCCAAAGUGGAUGAUGACGUUCUGUUCAAUCCCAGUGCCCUCCUGCACUUCCUGAACAGGAGUCGUAACCCCUACGAACAAGGAGACUUAUACCUUGGCAGGGUGCAUCUCCACGUGGCCCCGGACCGUGACCCAGAUGGCAAGCAUUACCUCCCUUCAGGGGCCUACCCUCCUUCUGUGUUUCCGGACUAUUGCAGUGGCACAGCCUAUGUUCUGUCCCGCUCCGCACUGCUCAAGAUUUCCCUGGCGGCCUCUGCGUCACCUCUUUCCACACCUCUGCCCCCUGAGGACGUGUUUGUUGGUUUGUGUGCCCGGACAGCUGGAGUGUUGCCCUCACACUGCCCACUCUUCUCCGGGGGCCCAGGGGUGCCGUACGGGCGCUGCUGCUAUCAGGCCAUGGUGUCCAUCCACCAUGUCCCACCCAGGGAGAUGCUGCACUACUGGGCUGAUGUCCACAUAUCUCGGCCCUGCUCGUGGCUGGGUAUCCGGGCUUCUCUGGGGCUCUGCAAGGUCAGGGCGAUGCUGGGGACCGCUCUGGGGCUGGAGCAGGGCUUAUGAGGGUGGAUAAGAAGGAAAGGAAGAAAGUAAAACUGGACUUAUUGGGGCUGUGCCUCAAUACUGUGAACAGCACACGUGCUCUUCAGGCUGUAAAAUGUCUGUAUUUUUAUAGCUUUAUUUUUUUAAACACAAUUAGGCCUAUUUAAUUAUUUAUUUAUUUUGCAGAAAAGAGGACAACGCAGCUCGUGGUAGGCUAUGUCACAGUAGACUGUUACACAUUACUUUCGCUUUUACACACGUUUUUUAAACGUAAAACAAACAACACCAUGGCAUGCUGAUUCAGGAAAUACAUCCGCUUAACUGAUCUCAGAACUCAACUGACAUCUAUGCUGCUACCUCAUACAACCCGUGUAGUUUAUCAGGCCUACUUCUGAUAUUAGUUUAAAAUGAUGCCUAAAUGCACGAUGCUUUAAACAAAAGUAGCCUACAAUAGAUAUCAAACUAAGGCUCCAGGAACCUUGCAAAACACAUUAGAAGUAGGCCUACAACACAUUAAUAAGUCACAACUUA